AAGAAAAGAUCUAAAUUUGCAGCCACCAGUUGUUAUUGUUUAGCUUUUCUCUUAGCCUUUGGUUAUAGACCUUGGUUUUCUAGCCGAGUUGCCGUGUUCAUUCGUGUUACAUAAGUUCCGAAUACAUAAUUGUUGUGUUACUUGUUAAUACAUAUUUGUUGUGUUAAUUGUGCGCUUUUGGGAUACAUUUAGUUGUUUAUCUCAGCAUCCUCCAUCCCACUGUAUAUAUUGUAUAUAAAAUGGACUCCUUAAAGUUACCUACUACUGCAGCCAGAGCUAAUGCUUUCACUGCUCCAGGAUCCCUUUCAUUUCCUCAAGGUAUUGAAGGAAAAAAUCAGCAGGAAAAUACCAAUGGUGAUGCUUCUUCUCAACAAGAGGAUUCAAUUACCAAGAAGGAAGAACCAACCGAUGGUAUUUCUGUUAAAGAACCAAACCAAGAAGAAGAAGAAGGGGCUAUUUCUGGUAUAGUUCCAACUUUACAAAAUAUUGUUGCUACCGUUAAUUUGGAUUGUCGUUUGGAUUUGAAAACAAUUGCUUUGCAUGCCCGUAAUGCCGAAUAUAAUCCAAAACGUUUUGCGGCGGUUAUUAUGAGAAUUAGAGAACCUAAAACUACCGCUUUGAUUUUUGCUUCUGGUAAAAUGGUUGUUACUGGGGCUAAAUCCGAAGAUGAUUCUAAAUUGGCUUCAAGAAAAUAUGCAAGAAUUAUUCAAAAAUUGGGUUUCAACGCCAAAUUCACCGAUUUUAAAAUUCAAAAUAUCGUUGGUUCUUGUGAUGUUAAAUUCCCAAUUAGAUUAGAAGGUUUGGCUUUUUCCCAUGGUACUUUCUCUUCUUACGAACCAGAAUUAUUCCCCGGGUUGAUUUAUAGAAUGGUUAAGCCAAAAAUUGUCUUGUUGAUUUUCGUUUCUGGAAAAAUUGUUUUAACCGGUGCAAAACAAAGAGAAGAAAUUUAUGCUGCUUUUGAAUCAAUUUAUCCGGUUUUGAGUGAAUUCCGUAAAUCUUAAUGUAUUUUAGUCCUGUUCCCUUACUCACCCCCAUUUGCAUUUCCUUAAUCCUUCAUUUCAAAUUUCUUUUCAAGUGUAUUUAUCCUAUUAUUUUCCCCUUUAUGUCAUCUUUAUUUGUAACGACUUAAACAACUUUGAAAAACAGAAAAAAUUAUAAAAAAAGAAUAUCUACUAUAAAAACCAAAAAAAAAAAUUAUUCGC